UAGACGCGGUGAUUGCCUGCAGUUAAUUGUGAUUUAAUUUGAAACACGUUUCACGAUCUCGAGUCGACGGAAUUUCGUGAUAUCGGAAGAUUAGAAAUACUACACGGACCUUCGCGAAGAAGGGAAGAUGAUGCACGUUGCCUCGACGGUGGCAUUGCUCGUCGCGGUUCUGGUGAUAUUGCUGCCGUGUUCGGCAUUCACCGCCGAUCGUUCAGCGAAUGUCCCCACCGGUUGGAACAUUGUACCGCUUCUGGAAACUGAACAAAAAGUCACCGUUGAUCACUCUCUGAGUGGAAACACGCAGGUGACAACUUUCGACAAGGUCUCGCAGGCCACCGACGCGAGGAAGACGACGCAAUCCACCGAACAGAAUAUUUCCCGAGAUAUCGAACGCGACAAAAGAGAUUAUGUUCCGGAAGUCGUCCAGGACGACAACCGCUUCACGAAAACCGUUAAGGACGCUACAACCAACUCUGCGAAACAGACCACUGUCGCGGUUUCCAGCCCGCGGAACGUCAUUCUUCUUUUAGUAGAGGAAUCUGACCAGGAUCAAAAGGACCUAUGGAAAGACUUCAGGAUGUCGCACUCGUUUCCAGUUGAAGGACAUCUCCAGAGCUGCCAUAACGCCAAAGUAGAAGCGACGCGGUUUUUCUUGGACAAAGCAUUGAUUGGAGGAAGCAUGGACACGGAAUGCGAUUGCGAGCGAUACUUACGAUCAAAUGUUGCUACGUUACUGCUAUGGGCCCGUGACGUCAGAGGGAUGACAACAGGCACACUGUUAAAUACGAAUUUCACUAUCCCAUCGCUGUUCCGUUCUGAGGAGCCAGUUAGCGUUCCGGCGGAAUUCGACGAACUGGAUGAAAACAUGAAAUUGAACGUUCGUAAAGCUAAGCCUGAAAUUCGCAGCGACUGGUUUGUGAUUGAUUUAGGAAAAGCAGCCAACCGUGCCCCCGCGAUGCCAUUUUCGCCAAAUAAUCGAGAAGAUGGAUCGGAGGAUACCGCAUGGAACGUCUUCGACAUGUUCUCCAGAAUAAGAACGGCGCUGUUUCGUUCCCUGUUGGAAUCCUUGGGCAGAAACGUUGCUGGUUCAGAGGAGUCGAAUCCCUACGGCAGAUCGCGCCCGAUGUGGUCCAAUUUGGCUGAUAUAGUUAGCGAACUCAAGUCGAUCCAAAACCAGAAUGGCUUCAUAUUGGUCGCAGCGGCGCCUGCGAGCGAACUCAAUUCCGCUAUGGCGAUUCUGCAACGGGAGAUGUCCCAAGAUAUGCUGAUGGUGGUAGCCGGACUCUGCACGGCCGAUGCCAAACUAAUACCGUUCUUCGCUAACGGACCGGCUGCCAGAUCACUUCAUGAAGCGACAUCCAUUUGGGACCUUCCUAGAGUCAUCAGGACUAUUAUCGCGGGCGGAUGCCAAGAUGCUAGCUGCAGAAUUCGUCGGCACGAUACUAAUCUGCCCCCUGUCAGCCAGCCGCUGACUGCACCGUUGAAAGAAAACGUUUCUAAAAAUGCAUCCGAAGUCGCUGGGAAAGUAAUGAACGAUGAUAACACUGAUAGUUCAAAUGCUGCAACGAAUGCUGCUGCGAAUGCUGAGGGUGAACAGAUUAAGGAGGUUAUGCCUGUUUUGAAAUUGGAGACAACGGAAGAGAAAAAUAGUGAAACCAAAGAAUCAUCAUCGGAUGCUCAAAAACGAAGCUCGGCGAACUCAAAUAUGAAAACUACAGAAUUUUGUACAAUUUUCAGCACAAUCACGUCCAUCUUUGUUUCAUUCACCCUUGCUUCCUAAAAAUAUCUUUGGCGUCAAUUUUUACACGGGAUCUCGACCAUUUUCUUCCACGAAAGCUGCGCGAAAUUUUCGUUGAGCAAAAACGAUAUCGAUGAUAUCGAAACGAUAGCACGUGCAUUAUUAAGCCUCGCUGGUUUUUGCUGAAUACAUCAAUGAAAUAUGCAAAUAAUAAUUUCGCAGACGAUCACGUGCUUUUGAGUUAAUAAAGUUGAUACUGUUAAUAAAAGCCUGUAUGUAUCAUUUUCGAGCACAUACAGUCGGUACUGCAGUAAGUGCAAUUUAGAAAAUUCGCAGAAGCUUCGCAACGACAGUGAACAAGAACGAUUACAUAAAUUAAUUCAGAAUAGGGGUAAAUAUUUCAAUCGAAUCGGAAAUAACAAUAAUUAUAAUGGACCUUUUGUAAUUGUACGAUACGUGAUUUGUAAAUUUAUAGUGAAAAUAAAAGGAUCAUUUAAAUAACAAA